AUGCCAGCGUUACCAACAACUCUUCGUUAUCGUACUUAUCCCACCAGUACUACACCUCGCGGACUGGGGUCAUCCGUUCCUUUUGAAAAGGAACCGGAACGUGAUCCCGAAGCAGAUUGUUUCAUGUGUCGUCAAGCUCAUGUUUAUGUCAAACCAAUCGGUAUGCAACAAGAACUUCGUGUUGGUGCGAACCAACCGCCGCCUUUAACGCGUGAAGAAAUUGAAGAAUUAAGUCAGAAGAAAGAAUUAUCAAAGAAAGAAGUUAGAAAACUAUUACAAUGUUAUUUUCCUGAAAUAAAAGAUGUGAAAUACUUUCAACUCCAUAGAUACCAUUCAUGUUGUUAUAAUCCCAAACAUUUAAAUCUAUGUAAAAAUCAUAUCACUGCAUUACAAAACGAACGGGAACAACAUCCGGGUCACUAUCAUGGAAAUGAAGGAGAUAGUGAUAAUAGUACUGAUCCUAAUAAACAGAAUAGAGUUAGUUUUGUUCGAAUUAAAAUUGAACCCACAAAAGGUAUACCAACGAGAUUUCUUGGUCCAGCAGCUUUACCCGAACCGUUAGCUGAUAUGUUACUGAAACAAGUGAGCCGUUUUGAAAAAAAGAAGAGAUCCCAAUCUGUUAGUUCCAAUCACAAAAAUGACAGUGGCUUUGAUGUAUAUGAAGAUACUUAUAAUUAUGAUAGUGAUAACAACCACGUCUCUAUAAAACCAUCGAAAUCAGAUGGCACGACAAAGCAAAAUAGUACAAAACGAAAGAAAACCAAACUGAAACAUUGGGAAAUCUUAGCACUACAACAAUCAAAUGUCCAAACAUGUAACUGUCGACAUCAUGUAUCACGUGUCGAAGGAGAUCAAUUAGUCUAUGAUUGGUGUCGGUGUAGAGACCAUAAUCACAAGAAUUUAAUGGACAGACGACAGUCGAUAAGUGCCACUGGAGAACCUUCACCACGCGAAGUUCGUCUCAAACUUGAUCAAGUUGCUUAUGAUUGGUGCAAGUGUUCGACUCAUCGACAUGGAAAAACAAGUGAUCGACGCAAAUCAGUUACACUACCAUCCUUAUCUCAACGUGAAACACACUCUGUCAAUGAUCACGAAUCGUUACAUCAGUGUGAUUGUCAAGAUCCUCAAUAUAAAGUUAAAGUUAAAGUACAUCAACAUAAAAUGACAUCACCUCCGUCACAAGGUGAAAAAAAUCAAACAUUAUUGACGGCUGAACAACAUACCGAGCCAAUACGUUCAAGUCCGAAGUUUCAGCAAGGAAAACAGAGAGGUCGUGCAAGACAACGUGGAGAAAAUAAAUAUACAAAUGUAACUGUUACACAGCGUAAUGAAUCCGUUCAAGUUACUCCACCACCGGCAGUCACUCGUGUGGUUCAGCGAGGACGUCGCGAUGAAUCAAAACAUACUGCGUCAUCUAUUUCGCAACGUGACGAAUCUAUUCAGUCAUCCCCAAUACAAUCUCGAUCGUAUCAAAAACGACGGGGGACACUGACGAGAACUGUUGCAGUGGAUGCCAGAGAACCUUCAUCAACUGAACUUGCUCUUGCCUAUGAUCCAUCAGCUGUUGACUAUGAAGUUAUUCAAGAAGCUAUAUAUUAUCGAACGUCUUCCGGACGAUUGAUCAAACCCGAAAUAACCAGUUCUUUUACGUACGACGACGCACUUGCUGCUGUUACUCGUAAUCAACGUGCUCCACAUUCAAACAGAGAACAAAUCUAUUAUACCACGAAAAAUGGGUACAUGCCUGAAGAAGAAAUACCGCGUCGGCGACGAAAUGUCGACCGCCCCAUGUCCAGAUCACUUGUUCUCUCUAAUCCAGGUUCAGUUUAUCGAGGUCAAGCAUAUGCAGAUCCAGAAUACACACCAGCACAAAACGGUGGUCCAAAUGGCAUUCCUGUACUAAAACUACCAACUAUACAAUCAUCAGGAAGACAGUCACAUUACGAUAAUUCAAAUGAACAUCAACCAGCUGAAUUUACACUAGCGAAAUUUUCAAAUGCUGAUGGCGAAACACUCCCUUCACAACGUACAACAGGAGCAAACUCAACAGGAGGUUGGAAAACUGUUCAAAUGUCCAUGCAACAGAGUACUAAACCAACAUUUAUUAAUAAUGAUCCGACGCCUAAUUUCGAACAGCGUUCAAGUGUGGUUGCUAAUCGUCGAUGGUUCGACCAACCGCUUGGAGAUCAAAAUUUGGGCACUGUACAUGACAAUGAAUAUGGUGUAAUUGCCGCUCCAUCUUCGGACGUCAAUCACAGUAAAUCUCAAAGUGUAACUAACAAAACGAAAAAGGAAAACAACUGCACAAUAUCAUAA